AUGCUGCUGCAGGGCAAACCGAUUUGUUGCACCGGAGCCCCCAAAGCCUGCCCUGUGGGAAGUUUGUCAAACAGCUCAGGCUUGCAUAGACCAGAUGAUUGUAAAGCUUGUUUGGGGGGAUUUUACUGUGACUCUGCUGGCCUCACUAAGCCCAGCGGGUUCUGCAGUAAAGGAUAUUACUGCAUAGAGGGUGCUGUCACAUCAACCCCCAGUGAUGGGAUUUCAGGAGGACCCUGUCCUGAGGGUCACUACUGCCCCGAGGGAAGUGUUGAACCUUUGCCUUGCAAUCCAGGGACCUAUGUGGCUGUAACACAUGCGAUUCAGUCUGUCCAGAAGGAACCUACGGUCCAGAUCCUGGCUAUUGGUCUGUUUCCCAGUGCAGACAAUGCGAUGGAGGCCAUUACUGUUCUUCCAGAAAUGCCACAGCUGUCACUGGACCGUGCCAGGAAGGAUAUUACUGUUCACAUGGAAACGUCUCUCCACAGCCUCUCUCACAGGCUGCAGAAGGAGGACCUUGUCCUGUUGGACACUACUGUCCCCAGGCCACCAUCCAUCCUCAGCCCUGUCCACCUGGAACAUUCUCCAACAACACCAAAGUGGCCUCCAAGGAAGAUUGUCAGCCAUGUUUCCCAGGUUACUACUGUGACUCAGCAGGGCUCUCGGCACCUUCAGGAAAAUGCUGGGAAGGCUUCUUCUGUGUGGAGGGUGCAGAUCGUCCUGACCCUCCUCUUAAGGACAAUCGCGCAGGGCCAUGCCCAAAAGGUUAUUACUGUUCAGAGGGUUCUGCAGCUCCUCAACGCUGUCCCCCGGGAGCCAUCAGCACAGAAGACGGCCAAGCCAGCUGCAGUGUCUGUCCCCAGGGGCUCAUUCUGUGCAAUUCCUGGCAAAGAUGUCGCAUCCGGCCUGUGUGAUGCAGGUUACUACUGUGUCUCUGGUGCUCGGUCGCCCACACCGGAGGAUGGAGGGGUGACGGGUGAUAGAUGUCCUGAAGGACAUUACUGCACUCAGGGCUCCUCGGCACCACUUCCCUGUCCUGCAGGGCAUUACAGCAACAAGAGCAGAAACAAUCAUAUCUCCGACUGCCUACCUUGUCCUCCAGGUUUUCUGUGUGUCAGCAGAGGGCUCUCUUUUCCUCCUCAUGUCUGUGCAGCAGGUUAUUACUGUCCAGGCACAGAAAACGGCAACCUGCAGAACUCUAUAACUUGCUCACCAGGAAGCAAGUGCCCACCUGGAUCUGGUAGACAGGUGCCCUGCUUGCCUGGGACAUAUCAGAAUUUGCCAGGUCAGGCUGACUGCAUUGAAUGUCCUGCAGGAUUUUUCUGUCCUGGCUUGGUCAGCGCAGAUGUUGACCAAGUGACUGGAACUUCCACUCCUGUGCCUUGUCCUAAAGGGCAUUACUGCCCACCUGGAACCCAGACUGGUGUGGCGUUCCCAUGCCCAGCUGGCACUUUCAGCAGCCAGAUGGGAUUGUCCAAUAAGUCUGAUUGUGAGCCCUGCCCCCCUGGGAGAUAUUGCAGUUCUUCAGGCCUGGCUACUCCCUCAGGGUUCUGCUCUCCUGGUUACCUCUGUGGCCAAGGUUCUCUAUCGGCCCAACCAGAGAAGGGUCCAACAGGACGGCGGUGCUCUGCAGGGUCCUACUGUCCACAGAGCACAAGCUACAUGGUUCCUUGCCCUGCAGGCACCUUUAGCUCCAUAGAUGGUGCAGUGUCUAUAGAAGUAUGUCAGCCCUGUUUGCCUGGCCACUAUUGUGCUAAGCCUGGAGCAUCUUCCCCAUCUGGACUGUGCAAUCCUGGUUUCUACUGCAGAGAGGGAUCACACGUUGCAUCACCUUUGAGAAAUAUGACUGGUGAAGUGAAAUCUUCAGCCAGAUUUGAUGGCGAUUCAGUCCAUGGAGAUGUGUGUCCCGCGGGAUACUACUGUCCACAAGGCAGCGCAACACCAAGCCCUUGUCCUCCAGGUACUUUCUUGGGGAGGACUGCAGCUCACUCUGAGGACGAUUGUGAAGCUUGUCAGCGAGGGUUCUACUGCCCUUCAUGGGCUCAGACGUCUGUGGGCCUCAUCUGUCCCCCAGGAUGGUUCUGUCCAACAGGAUCACCGUCUGGACGUCAGCCAGAAUACCGGUGCCCACCUGGCUAUGCUUGUCCAGCUGGUAGUGCAGAGCCAGUCAUCUGCAGUCCAGGCUCGUUUCAGGCUUUGUCUGGACAGUCAGUUUGUGAUAGCUGUCCACCUGGUUUUUACUGCCUGGAAGGCUCUUCUGUUCCUUCUCCAUGUCCGGUGGGUUAUGUCAGUCGAUUAGCUGACAGGAUGUCCCUGAGCCACUGCUCUCCUUGCCCCUCUGGCUACUUUUGUAACAGCAAUGCUCUGACAGAACCGUCUGGACCCUGCAGCCCAGGACAUUUUUGUUCCCAGGGUUCCACCGAGCCUUCACCUGUCUCCCAGCCAUACGGGGAUGUUUGCCCUAUGGGACACUUCUGUCCUCAGGGAAGUGGGUCACCCAAGCCUUGUCCUGUUGGCAGUUUUCUUCCAGAACCUGGAGCUUUAUCCUUCUCUCAAUGCCGUUCUUGCUCUCCAGGGAAAUACUGCCUCAUUCCUGGAGCCUCACAACCCUCAGGUUUAUGUCAUGCCGGUUUCUUCUGUGCUGGAGGUGCUGAUAGCCCCACACCACGAGCAAACUCUUCCAUGUCAAAAUGUCUUGUGGAAAUCCUGGACUCUUACUCGAUGGAAAUAGACUUGGUCUUGUGGAUGUACAACCUGUCCUGCUUCAACGUUUCUUCUAAAUCUGGUAUUGUUAUGCAUUUCUUAACAUUUAAGUAG